AUGAUCAGUGCCAAGGUGGAGCGGCGCCUAGAGGCGUUUGAAUUGGGGGGAGAAGGCCCAGUCAGGAAGCAACAAGCUAUCGCACGAUGGCAAUGGCGUAUCGGCAGAACGACAGCCCCUGAUGCCCUAAGAGAGCAAGAUGGUCUCCAUGUUGCCUGGGCCGAGGCCGGACCACCAAGCAGAAUUGGUGGAUGUUUCGCGGACGAGCCUGUCGCAGGCGGGCGUCUUGCAUGCACAGAUGGGGCGUCACUGAGGGCCUUGAUGCUUGUGUCAGGGCUAGCAGAACACCAUGGCGCUGACAGAGGAGGGCUAGGAGACCUGCUGCCAGAAGAAAUGGUGCCUUUGAUCGUCACGGCUUAUACAAGUGUUGAGGUUUUGAAAAUGCUGGCCACUACUGGUGCCCGCUCUAAAGAGGAAACAAGAUCAUCAAUUGUGACGAACUCAUGCACAAGCAGCAUCGUGGUGUGGUCCCUAAUCAGCCCGAGAUCGCGAGUGUCAUUGACGCACGUGUCUGGGACGUCAACGACUGCAGUCAAAGACAAGGCUUUGCUUGAUAUCAACUUUGAACGGAGGAGCCAGUGUCAGAAAGGCUUCCCAAGCUUGAAUGUCUAUGCAAAUGGCGGUCUCAUCAACAUGGACAAAAGGAACAUCGUUUCAACCGUUCCAGUUCAAAAGAGCUGUCGUCAACAGUCUUCCAACCGUCGUCAGCCACCAGCCAAUGGAUACGUUAAGUUAUGUUGCAAGCUGCAGGGCCAGACAACGGGCCGAGUCAUAUCCCCCGCUGAGUACUUCUUGGACAUUAAGUGA